AUGAGCGGGACGCGCGCGAGGCCGCGGGGCGGAGCCCCUGAGGCUGAGCCGAAGAACUGGGCAGAGGCUGCAUGCCCCAGGCCCCGCGGCUCCCCAGGGGUCCUGGACGAGGAGAGCGAGAGCGACCCGCUACCAGAAAUAAAAAAUAAUUUGGAAGAGCACAUUCCCAGGAAAAAAGUAUCAAAAACCCGUUAUAAUGCAUCUCUGUGUUAUUACACUCGAAAAUUUAUGGACCUUCUUAAAUCUUCACCUGAUGGUGUUCUUCAUUUAAAAGAAGUUGCUGCAGUAUUAGGAGUAGGGAAACGGAGGGUAUAUGACAUCACCAACGUAUUACAUGGAAUAGAACUCAUUCAGAAAAAAUCUAAGAACUGUAUUCAGUGGAUAGGAUCUGACCUCAGCAGUAUUGAUGGAAAGAUAGCACAGCAAAAGAAGCUAAGGGAUGAACUUUCUAAUUUGUCAGCAAUGGAAGACACUUUGGAUGAAUUAAAUAAAAUCUGUGCUCACCAAUUAUUUGAAUUGGCAGAUGACAAAGAAAAUGCAAAGCUAGCUUAUGUGACCUAUGAAGAUAUCCAUAGCCUUCAGGCCUUCCACGAACAGAUUGUUAUUGCUGUCAAAGCUCCAGAAGAAACCAAAUUGAAUGUUCCACCUCCCAAAGAAGACUCUCUAACAGUACAUAUAAAAAGCACAAAAGGACCCAUUGAUGUGUAUUUGUGUGAAAUGAAACAAGACAGCGCAACUGACAGCUUGUUUGAAGACAUGGAACCUUAAUUUUCUGAAGGAAAGCAGUAAACAUCAAUAAAGAAGGAAAUUUUCUGCAGCAGAUUGAGUCAAGUGGGAAAUCACUUAAACCAACUUGAACAGGUAAACUCCUGGACAUUUGAUUGGAUUCACUUGACAAGUUUGAACACAAGAGAUGGUUAAAUUCACAUUUCCAGUUUCAAACUCAGAGCAAUAAUUUGACAAUAGUGGAUUCUAAUGUCUA